AUGGGGACCGAGGCGGCCUUAACGACGUUCACAGCAGAGGAGCUCGACGAGGCCACGAAUAACUACGCGCGGGAAAACUCGCUCGGUCGCGGCGGCUUCGGCACGGGUUACCGCGGAAAGCUCGCGGACGGUUCCCCCGUGCUUGUAAUGAAGCUGAACCCGGAUAACACCCGCCAAGCCGCGGAGAAAUUCACCCGCGAAUCGCUCCCGGCGGGGAGCCUCGAGGACCGUCUGCUGACGGAGGGGGGACGGAAAACGAUGAAGCAGAAGCACCGGCUGCGGAUCGCGGCGGAGGCGUCAGAAGCGCUGCUUUUCCUCCACCAUCUCGAGCCGCCGAUUCUCCACCAGGACGUGAAACCCGGAAACGUCAUGCUGAACGAAGAUCUCUCCUGUAAGGUCGGAGGAGUCGGUCUGGCGAAGUUUCUCCCCGCGAACGACUCGUCGAUCUGGGGUACGGUUGGUUACAUCGAUCCGCUGCUUCUCCGCACCGGGAAGUACGGCCCGCAGUCGGAUCUGUACGGAUUAGGGUUGGUGAUCCUGCAGCUGUUGACCGGCGAGAAGGUGAAUAAGGUGCUUGAGUUUGCGAAAUUCGGGUUGGAUGGGAUUCUGGAUCAUCUGGAUAAGACGGUUCAGUGGAACCCGGAGAUUGUGAAGGAGGUUGCUGACGUGGCGCUGAAAUGUAGGGACAGGAUGAGCCGGCCGGAUCUGGAGACGGUGGUGCUGCCCAUGCUGAAAAAAUACGCGGAGCAGACAAAGGGGGAGAAAGAAGCGGAGGCGGCUCCGCCUGCUGCUGCUCGUGGUGGUGGGGCGAGUAAGGGGCAUGAUAAGAAGGGCGCGGCUGCUGCGGCGGCGGCUGCGCCUCAGAAGAAGGGGCUGUUUGGGUAUCUCUUUGGGAAACGGUGA